AUGUUCCCUCUCGUCACAGUGAAGGACGAUGUUGGCGUUCAGAAGCUAAUCUUGGACUCAUUGGGUGUGAAAAGUAUAGCAUGUGUUGUUGGUGGAUCUAUGGGUGGUAUGGCUGCACUAGAGUAUUCUUCCAUCUACAACAAUACGGGAUAUGUGAAAUCCAUUAUUGCCUUGGCAACAGCUGCGCGUGCUAGUGCAUGGUGCAUCUCAUGGAAUGAGACCCAACGCCAAUGCAUUUUCAGCGAUCCCAACUAUGAUGACGGUUAUUAUUAUGAAACCCCUAAUCUUAGUCCAAAUGGCGGACUAAGUGCUGCACGUAUGGCGGCGUUGCUUACGUAUCGGUCCAGGAACUCUUUUGAAGCUCGUUUUGGUCGUAAGUUACCUGCGCAAACAAAACGGGGAGUCCAAGAGGAGAACGUGAGAUUGCCCAAGAACAAAGAAGAGGAGAGGUGGCUCACACAUAACGAAGGAUCUAGAUCUUCUCGAGCAUCGUCCAGUACGUCUCUCGCGAAUGCAACCGAUAAGCCACAAACUUAUUUUACUGCUCAAUCUUACUUGAGAUACCAAGGCGAUAAGUUUGUGGCCCGUUUCGAUGCAAACUGUUAUAUCUCCAUCAGUAGAAAGCUCGAUACGCAUGAUAUCACUCGCGGAGCCAUUGACCCAGAUGAGUCCACCGAGGAUCCACUUCCAAAUUAUCUUCGCACAUUGAAGUUGCCUCACUUGAUUAUCGGAAUCACUUCCGACGGCUUGUUCACGUAUGGUGAACAACAACUUUUGGGGGAGUGUAUCCCGAACAACUCUUUAAAGAGGUUGGACUCACCCGAGGGCCACGACGCGUUCUUGUUGGAUUUCGAAAUUGUGGACCGCUAUUGCAGGGAGUUCUUGCACGAGCAAUUACCCGAGUUUUAUGACGAUAAAUCUGGAAAAGUGGAAGUCUUCAAAGAUUGGGAAAACCAUGUGGUUACAGUGGCCAAUGGUGGAGAAUCUGUAUUUGGCGAGGCAGAAAAGAACAUCACGAACUGGUGA